GGGGGGCAUACCACCCUUUGCAAUGAGGUAAACAUCAUUCCCUUCUUUGACUCUGGCAGCUGAAUCUCCAUACCAUUUGGGUGUGACCUGCCCCUGCCGCAUGACCCCUCCCUUCUAGCCACUGCGACCUCCUCUCUCCUUCUCCAUGUUUACUUUGUGGUGAGAGAUGGGAGAGAUGCUCUUCUCUGUGACCCUCCAUCACCUCCUUCUGGCAGGGGUUUGUCUCUGCGUCUACAGCACCCCAGUCCCGCCCCUCCACGACUAUGCACCCUCCACACAGGACAGUGGCUGUGAUGGACAAGCUGGAGAGCCAAUGGAGGGAGAGCCCUGUUUAACACCAGCAACACCCGUCAGUGUCAUAUCAACAAGUGUUCAAUCUGGACCCUCUGAUCCUGGCAGACUGUCCUAUGGGAUGGCAGAACACAGGACUGGCAGCUGGACUGACCUAUCAGAGAAUGUAGGAGCAGGGGGAGGCACUGGCCCAGAUGUGGACGGAAGCGAACUAGGGGGGAUAGAGCCAGUGACGCAGGUAGGAAACAGGGACAGUCAUGGACGAGGAGUGGCUGGGGCUGAGAGCCAGGGGAGGGAGGCUAAGACGGGGGCUGCCUCUAAGAGCUUGUUUGAGGGGAAGGACACUCACAGACAGCUUGAAGAAGCUCCAGAACUCUACACAGACAAAGAGAUGAGAGUAGGGCCCGAAGAGAAAACCAUGGAGAAUGUACCUAUUACCACCACUGGGGCAAUGUUAGCUUCCAUAGGAGAGAAGCACGGGAUGACAGAGGCUGUAAAUACAUCUAGAGCUGCUUUACAUAAUGCCUCCGCAUCAGCCAGAGCCCCAGAGCCAGACAGCCAGUCAGGGACGCACCCAGCUGGGGAGAGGAGAGACCUCAUCCUAGAAGAGAGACCAGACCUCCAUGGAGGAGAGGAGGGGGAAGUCAGACAGAGCUUGACCGACGUUGGAGCUCCUCUUCUGGGCCAGGAGACAGAGACGACCAGACCAAGCUCCUUAUCUCCCCAAAGCAUCCUUAAACACUCACCUUUGACCUCCAUCCCUCCGUCAGUAUGGGGAUCCAGAGGAGAAGCUUCAUUGCUGCCCCCUAGUGGUCUAGAGGCCACCGGCCCUGCCACUCCGUGGCACCAAGAUGGAGAGACAGCGCCUGCUCUCUCAAACCCCUCCCUGGCCGACCUUGGACCGGCCCUGACAGGAUCCUCCAGACAGGAUGACCCUGACAGCCUCUGGACUGAACCACUGCAGCGAAAUGAGGCCAUGGAUGCCAGUGCCCCUCCCUUGCAGGACGCGGCCACAGAGGGCACGAUGUCCUCGGAGGACCUCCCUCUCAUCUUCGAGCCCUUUGAUGUCACACCCGAAGGGGCGGGGGUAGCAGCGGCCACUCUCUCGCCUGACAACUCACGGCCGUCUGUCGCCAUGGUUACCACGGGGAUGCUGCUGUCAGAGGCGGAUCUCGACCAGACGGUCACUGCGGAUACAGAUGACACAGGGCCAUCCCGUGUUCCGUCCCCAGUGCUACCAGAUUGGACGUCGCCAUGGCAGACAUCCGGGGCCGAGAUCUCCGAGCCCAUCAGCCCCUCUGGUUCACCCAUAGACCCGCCGCCUUCAGAGGCAGAACAGCUAGUACACCAGUCUGACACAGAUGGCGGUGAGACCAUACAGAACCUAGAGGAAACCCCGCCAACAUCCGAAACCAAUCCUAUAAGCACCACCUCCCAGCAGAUUACCAUGACAAUGGUCACCAAGACAACCAAACUGCCUGCAGCCAAAUCAGGUCUGGAGGAACUGGAGUCUGAAGAGGAGCCAGAGGAGGAUGAGGAGGAGGAUGAGAACACGGAGGAGUCAGAGGAAGAGGACAGUGAAGAGGACCUGAAUGAGACCCCCAUCCCAGCCCCCACCCGACCUCCCUACAGCCUCAUCCCCCCACCCCCUGUCUGGGUGCAGCGCAACCAGGGCCUGAUGCGUAGAUGGGUGGAACUGAUCAGAGAAAAGGCAGGGUAUGUGUCUGGGAUGUUGGCCCCGGUGGGCAUUGGCAUCGCAGGGGCCCUGCUUAUCGUUGGGGCCCUCUACAGCAUCAGGAUGAUCCAUCGUAAGAGGAACAGCUUCAAACACCAGCGCAGGAGGAAGGUCAGACACACCGAGCAACCCAGGGAGCCAAGCAGCAACGGGCAGGACCAAGCCAUGCUAUUGGCUGACAGCUCCGAGGACGAGUUCUGAUCCCUCCCACAACCCUGUGCAUCACAUCUCCAUGACUACCACAUCGCCAAUCACUAUGGGCCGCCUGGCUAUGAGACAAUGGGAGAAGUUGGCGUACUACUGACAGACGGGUGGGUUUUUGAAAUGUAAAACAUGGUAGAAUGUUUGCACACCUACGUAGUUACAGGUGCAGAGGGAAAAUUAUAGAACAUUUUAAGAGACUCCAGGCUAUUGACAUUCUUGUAUGAUCCACAAUGUGUUGAUCACAAACCAGUUUGAGAUCCUUUCAAACACACACUGCAUAAAGGGAUGUCAGUGUGUUGAUGCCACUUUUUUUAAAUUUAAAUGACUGGCUCUAAUUAAUACACUAGAGGGGACACCUACAUCGCAUACAAUAGGCUCCACUUACUGGAGUAAUAUUGCCACAUACUAUAUUGUUCAUAGCACAUCAUAGACACUGGAAGAAGAAAAAGCAUAAGCUCUCGGCAUCAGUUGCAUUAAGUAAAUAUGUAUUGAAAAUACUGACAGCGGUUCUUGGAUUCAACCUUGUCAAUUGUUGAAGGCCAAAGGCAUGUCAUCAUGCUACUUUGAAAGCAUGCAGCAGGAACCAGCUCUGUGUAUCUACUGUGUGUGUGUACAGUAUCCUGAUAUUUUUCCCCUUGUUGCUCCUCCUGACAACGUUAGGUUUUUCCUCCAGUGCAUGGCAAGCAACCAUUUUCAUAACCGUAUAUACAAGGCUAAUACUUAAUUAAUCAUCUCUAUAUCAUUUCCCAUGUAAUAGUCCAUUACUCUCCAGAAAGCCCAAGUCAUUUGGAGUCAUUAGACACGCUGACAGAUUUGUAGAGGGAGACCACUUGUCUUUUUCACUCAGCUUCUGUCCUGUACUGUACUGUUUCUCCAAACAGUGUAGCAAUAGAAUGUUCUUAAUUUGCACUGGUACCUGAAAGGACAGCAGGUUGACGUUUGUCAUGAAUUUUGCCCUUGAGGUGGAACGGAGCCAUUUCCGCUAGAUGGGCCAGCCUCAAAGUCAAAAUUGGCUAUUGUAAAAAUGUAUGAAAACAAAAUGUAGCUUCAUAUUUAAGGUAAGGUAUUAGGGUUAGCAGUGUGGUUAAGGUUAGGUUAAAAAAAAAUCUGAUUUUAGGACUUUGUGGCUGUGCCAGCUAGUGACUACUCUGUAAAGCUGUCUCAAGAACAAGAUUCAUGAUGGUAAAAAAAGUCAGGUGAAAGCCAAAACUCGAGGAUGCUGAACCUAUCAGCCCCCCUUACGCUUUCUGCUACAGCGUUGAUGCCACUGGGAUCUAAAUUAAUCUCUUUAUUUAGUUCUGUGGUUGAUCUAAACGGUCUGCCUUUAAGCACUAAAUAUCAUAAAGGUGUUUUCAAAAAUCAAAUUCAAUGUAUUUAAGUAAUCUUGCAUUGUUAUUUAUAGUAGUCACUCAUUUCAAGUCUGUGAAAUGUGUCAUUUUGUGUGACCGUCUCCUGGUAGGUUGCUUGAGAUAAGCCUGUGAAUAUGCAAUAAUACUGUAUCAUAUGGGUUCUGUAAAAUUAUGUCAACAUUUGUCUUUCUUUCUAUAGAUAUCAAAUGUGAAGUAUUUACCAAUAAAGCUCUGUUUGGGAAGGG